ACAGAGAGAGAGGGAGAGAGAGGCGCAGCAGAGCUAGGUAUGUGGCACCUGGGCACACCUGUGUCCAAAGCACCUGAGAUGUGAGAACUGCUUUUCUCUGGGCUGCGGGAGCCAAACUCACCAGUUGGGCCACAGAGAUCUGCCCUACUGUCCACUCCCAUCCCUUCUUCAUGUCGCUGUUUGCCAAUAACGACUGAACGGGCCACCCAAGUGUCAGGAGUGUCGAAGUCCAAGAGAACAGGGUGCAGAGUUCUUUCUGACAGCCACCAUGGCGGAAAAUAAUUACAGCUGGUGGAAACUGACCUUCCUUCGGAAGAAAAAAUCCACCCCCAAAGUCUUGUAUGAAAGCCCUGAUAUCUAUGCCGUCGCCAACAAUGAGAACCAGCAAGAAGUUACGCUUGCAGAUAGUGGCAGCAGUGGAACUGGGGAACACGAAUUCAACGCCCGGCUAGAGAAGAUUGUCGACAAAAGCACCAAAGGGAAACAUGUCAAGGUCUCCAACUCAGGGCGAUUCAAAGAAAAGAAGAAAGUAAGGGCCACAUUGUCAGAAAACCCCAAUCUCUUUCAUGAUAGUGAGCAGGCUGAGAAAUGAAAGGUGUAUAAAGGAGAGAUGUCCUCUUGUACGCCCUUAUUCAAGGACCUUUCACUGAUCAUAAGGAGCCUUUGACACAUCCAUGUCAUUGAUUCUGCAAAUGCAAUUAACGAGGGGCCUUCUGCAGUCACAGAUCUGUGUCCCGAUUUUCACUUGAAAAUGGUAAAGAGAAAAUGAACUUUAUUUUUUUUAUUUAAGGAAUAAAGCUAAU